UUGUUCGCUGGUUGACUGGUUCAGUUUUAAUUCUGACGGCUGACAGUUAAGUUGAUUUCGUGCGCUGAACGCGGAACGUUAAAGCUAACAAAGCUGCCUGCUCUUCGAGUGACUUUUACUGUCUGUGAGACGGCGAUUGUGUAUGUGUGUGUGUGUUCAAAAUAGUUUUUGUGGCUUUUGCCAAACACAGCGGAUUGUUUUGCGUUGUUUGAAUUAAAAUCAAACGAUUAACGUUAAUAAAAGAGGAAAACAAAUAUUUGGCAAAGAGAUACGCUAAAUUAAACUGUGAAGCUUUUUAAAUAGAAAUAGUGACAGUGAAUUUUGGCGAGAAACUUGUGACAAGAGGAGAAGUAGCAGCAGGAAGAAGUGCGCGAAAAUUCUGGCAACAAACAGUCGCAGCAGCAGCAGCAGCAGUUAGAAGUCUAACUACCAUCUGUGUAUGUAUGUCCUUGCAACGUAUCCACCGAAUCCACCUAGAAGCAAGUUGGUUGCAGAAAAUCCGAACGAUUCCGAUAAAAAAUACAAUAAAAUAAUGAACGAAGUUCGUCACUAAAAUUUUGCUUCCGAGGCAUUUCGACUGUUGUUUGCUGAAAACAAAAACUAACGGAUCCUGCCAGUCUAAAGUACUCAAAAGCACUGUUAACGCAGUCUGUCCUGUUAAACCACUAGCAACCAUUUUAAUUGCUGUACUUUAAGUUAAAUAUAAAAAUAAAUAAUAAGUUGAAGCAAACUAUAACAACAACACACUCAAAAUGGGCGCAACACGCGACAAGCCGCGCAUCAAUAAAAGUCUCAUUUCGCUCAAAGUGGUCGUGUUCUUCGUCAUCAGUGGCAUUACCGCGCUGCACGUUCUGCAUGCCACCAAACCACUGUUGCUCGGCCUAAAUUUCAACGAGUAUCGCCGCAUCAGCAUUAUUGCGCCAUUCGUCUCCAUACUUGGUCCGUUGAUUGCCGGACCACUGGCUGAUCGUUUGGCCGCUAAGAAUGCCACAAAUUUCGGUCGUAUACUACGCUUCCUCACUGCCAUCUUUCUGAUACUAGCUGUCAUUGUGUACGCUUGCCUCUUCGCCAUACCCGAAGUGAAGAGGGAAGAAGCACGUCGUCCGCUUGUCAGUUUCGGUUGUGAUUUGCAUGGUGCAGUCAUAUUUCAGGAACGUUGCUCCCAAGAUGCCACCUGUCACAGUUGGAAGGAGAAGGUGGGCAAUGUGAAUUUGACACGCUGCACCUACACUUGCCAAGAUCCCACCAAAUAUGAGAAUUUGUACACGCCAUGGUUUGACGGUAUACCCACACCAUUGCCCUCAACUGAACAGAGCUCAGAGUUUGACUAUGAAGAUGAAUCUGUAGCGACGUCAACGGAAAGCUUGCGUGAGCGGCGUGCAAUUGGCGGUUCGGCUGAAUACGGCGGUGAACUGUUGAGUGCUGAGGUUCAACUACAACAACAUCAACGUGUCGAGCGUGCUGUGAAUGAUGUCACACCACAGAAGGUUUAUGUGGAGCCACCACAUUUGUGUCUCACAGAGAAGACAGACAGCGGUGAGACCGUGGUGAAGAAUUGCCAUGUCUACACUCAUGACACCAAUAAUAUUGUUGUAAAUUCGGUACUACGCGCUGCGGAUAACAGCAGAGAUAACGACACACAUAGCGCCGAGUGGUGCAAGUAUCCUUUGGAUGGCUUCCAGUGUAAUAUACCACUCAAACAGAUUAAGCACAUGAACGACAUCAAGAACGGCACCGCAUGCAAACCGAUGAUUGAAUGCCAAGUGAUUGAUCCUUACGACAGCAAAGGCAGUGUAUUGGCCGAUAGUGAAUGCAUUAAAAUUACUGGGGACUUGGAUGCCACGUUGGGCGGUUACACUGCCAUCCGUCUGUUGGGCGAUAUCUUUGUGAUGGCCGCACUGACACUGCUCAAUACUGCCAUCGUUAUAGCUGUACGCGAAACGUCAGAGGGACGCGGUGAGGUGUGUCGUCAAUAUGUCUGGGGCGCUAUCGGCUAUGUGCUACUCUUCUCGCCCAUCGAUUUGUUUGCCUUCGCCAGCGAUUCACAACACGAUGCUGCUCUGGUGGCACUAAUACUUGUCAUUGUGUGUCUACUCAUCGGUGCAUUAGUGUUGCUCUUUGCCUCACAAAUGCCGCUCAGUCCGCCCGAGUGGUGGUGGCAUACAAAGACCGGCAUGUUGGUUUAUCCCAUGUCAGCCAUACGCCGUUAUAGUCCGGAAAUUUUCGUACUUACAUUGGUCGCCAUACUGUUCGGCACAUUUUGGAGCAGCAUACAUAGCUUCCUCAAAUGGACAUUCAGUGACACGUAUGCGGUCACCUAUUCCGGCUUGAUCCUGGUGUUGGUGCUGUUCUUCAAUGUGGACAAAUUCAUUGAAUAUUGUGGACAUUCGAAUAUCUUUAUCGCCGGUUUUGCGGUUUUCGUCAUACGUUUCACGGCGUUGAGUGGUGAAGGCACCGAAUGGUUGACCGUUGUCAUGGAGGCAAUUGAGCCGGUCGUCAUCGGUGUUGUAUGGAUAACCAUUAUACUGUAUAUGCGACAUGCUAUGCCUAGGAAGCUAACAGCGACCGGACAGGCAGUGGCUGUGUUGGCCUUCUUCGGCAUUGGCAAGGGCUUGGGCGCUGUCAUUGGUUUGGCGCGCGACGACAAGGUGCCAACAGCGGACGCACAGGCUAUCCAUCAGUGGUUGGCGAUUGCUGCCUGCAUCAUUGCGCUCGUUUACUUUAUCAUUUACAAUUUGAUUUUGGCGCCGCGUUGCACAGCCAAGUCACAGCAUAUCGAGGAGCUGAUUUCCGGUUCGGCAUCGCAGAAUUUCAGCAACGGCACCAAUGGGGCCGGCAGCACCGGACAGGGCAGCACCAGCGCUGGUGCGGCGCUGAAUGGCAAUUCUAAUUAUUCACCGUUACGCGUGUACCACAAUGAGCGAGGGAAAUUGGGACAAUUUAGAUUUUAAAUUUAUGCGCUUUGAUGUAUACACACACACUCAGACAUACAUACAUAGACACAGAUGUGCGUAUGCUUGUACACUUGUAUUUGUUUAAAGAAGUUAUAUUUUAUAUAAAUUUAAUUGGAUGUUUACACACGUAACUCUCAAUUUAAAUGAUUUUUGUAUUAAAUAAAAAAUAUAUAUUAUAUGAAAUGUAAUAAAAAGUAUGGAAAUACCGAAAGAGAAAAAUAUAAAAAUCGCAUUGUGAACAAAAUACCAAUAAAAUAGACGAUGGAAGGAAACGAAACAGUUGUAGCACAUUGGAGGUUAUGUUGGCGUUUGCAAGGCAAUGAAAACCUCCAGCGAGUAAUGCCGUCACGCAACGGUUUCAGUAUCACAAAUUUCAAUGCAUCAUUCAACCCACCUUUGCCGUUUGUGCAUGCGAUUUGCAAUGGAGUGUAAAAUUAACCAAACAGCAUGACAAUCCAGUAGCAACAACAACUACAUAGAUAAUUAGUUGUUGAGUUUGUUUUAAACGCCAGCUGUUUUUUUCGCCAUCAAGCUGCUAACAAUGAAUGUUAAUUCUAGUUUUAAGUCAACCUUUUGCUAAGAUUAUACACUGUAAAGCGAAAAAAUAAUAAAAAAUAGAAUACAUGUAUUUAUAUAUAAAACUUUUUGAACCGUCAGUUGAUAUUAAAAUCGCAAAAAAGCUAACUAAAUGGACAUUAACAUGCCUGCAAAAUAAGAUAAAAUAAUAUUUUUAAUUAAAAGCCAUAAAUAAAAAACCAAUGCAAUUAUAUGCACAAUGAUUAAAUGGAAAGUGUAUUUGCAGCAGUUUGCAAUGUAGAAAUAUGAUAUAAUUUACACACACACACACGUACAUACUUAAUACGU